GUCAUCUUUAAUGAGUUGCUCAAAAAAAAAAAAAAGGUCAUCUUUAAUGAUGAGUGAUGGAGCUUGCAAAGGAAAAGGAAAAGAAAGAUCCAAAGGAGGUGAAAAGGAAUGGGAAGAUGAAAAGUGUGGCUUUGAUUCCAGAUAAUUACGUAUCCAUUCUUCAGCUUCAGGAGCGUUGGAAUAAAGACAAAGAGCGGAAACAGAAGGGAAUAAACAUUGUAGAGAGAGGCGUGAAGGAGAAGGUUAAUGAACAAGGAAGGAGAGAAGAAGAUGCCACAGAGGAACCAAGAGUGAAGAUCGAGAAAGAUGGAGUUGAGAUCUCUGCAAUUGUGAGCAAGAAGAACGAAGAUGGAGGAGAUUUGAAGGAGAGAAAGAAGAAAUGGUCUAAGAAGAAGAAGGUGAAUAAGAAAAAUCAAAGUGGGUCUGUGAAUAACCCGGUGAAAGAGGAAACUCCGGGAGAGAAGAUAGUUCAUAACAGAGAGAAUGCUGCUAGUGUAGAUACUCAGUUUCAGCAUCGAGUAGAAGAAGAGGAGGGAAGAGAUAGAGGUGUCAAUGUACAUGUGAGACAAGGUUAUUACCGAAACCAGAAACAUGAUUGGUCGUCUACACGUGUUAUUAAGGCAACAAGGACUAUGGUGUGGGUGAAGAAGGGGGAGAGCGAUGCAGCAGCUGGUGGUGGUGGGAAUGGCGUCUAAAAAAGCAUUAGGUCCCAAGUCUAGGGUUUUGAUUCAUGUUUGUGAGUGUUGCAUUGUAGUGGUGUGUAUAUAUAAUCUCAGGGCAUCAUUAUUUUUCACUAGUCUAUGUGACUACUGCUGAAUCUGAGACAACUAUUGAAGACAGUUGCAGCCAA